AAUGAAUGAAUUUGAAUCUGAGUAAGCUAGGAGUUUUUCACAUUUUCGGUGUACGCCGGCUUGAGUACAUUCGAAAUUGCCCGCGGAGCAAAGAUUGGCCAACCCAGGCUAGGUCGAUCGUAAUCAGAGUAAUAUCACCUUAACAAAACUCAAAAAGAUGACUCUUGCCGCUGAACAGAUCGUACUGGAUACUUUUGGGACCGACUUUGAAUCCCUUCCGUCUUCACUCUUCAAAGACUUUCACGCAGAUUGUUACGAUAUGAAGGAUAAAUCUGUAACAAAGACUGAAGAUGAGGACUUAAGGAUCUAUGCUUUUCCACCUACUCCGCCAAUUUCGCCUGGAUGCUCGCCACUUGCUUCUGAGACAGGGGACUUGGAGCGUUUACAUCCGAUUUGUGAUGAAUUCGCUGACGAACUCAGUUUUGCAGACGAAAAAUCGCUCUAUUUCCAAGAAGACAACUUGAAGGAAAUACUCAUAAAAGAUUGUAUGUGGAACGGCGCUGUUUUUGAAGGAAUUGAGAAAGAUAAGGACAAAACCUUGCAGCAAAAAUCCAGACAACAGCAAAGCCGGUUCGAAAAGAUCCGACUUCUAUGUCAGACACCRCCGAUCACUGAGUACACUGCGAGAGUCUUAAGCGUGGAUCCUGCUGAAAUCUUCCCUUUUCCUGUUUCUUCAGAGACAGUCAACGAUCACAGCGAAAUGGCAGCUAGUGAUUCUGAAGAAGAGGAAGUUGAAGUAGAUGUCGUUACAAUUGAAAACAGUUCCAAAACCGACAAUGUGGAGGGUAAAAUACAUCCUACUAUCAGUGCUCUAGCUGACGAUGCCGAUUCAUUYGAUGGAGCUGAAGUCCCAAGUCCUACCCCAUCAGACGGGUCGCGUUUUGAGGAUUUUGAAGACGAAAAAACGGAAUUAAAUGGAAAAAUACGCGCAAGACGAUCUCGAAAAACAUACUCGCAUGAACUUACGUUUUACAAGCAGGGAAGAAAAGCAUCGAAAAAUAGUAGCGUUGGUUCUGGAGAAAGCGAUGAAUCUGAAAACGACAGUGAGUACACGCGGGCUACGCAUAAUGUUUUGGAAAGAAAGAGACGUAAUGAUCUAAAGCUAAAGUUUCAAAGACUGCGUGAUGCUGUUCCUGAACUGAAAGACAACGAUCGAGCCCCUAAGGUAUCAAUUCUUCGAAAAUCAUGGGAACACAUUAGCUUCUUAAAAAGAGAAGAGGUUCGCCUCGUAGGAGAACUCGAAAAGCAAAAGAAAGCUAAUACUCAACUGUUGAAAAAACUGCUAUUAUUAAACACGGCUAGUCAACAGCAAUGAACAAUUGAACAACUAAAUAAAUAAUCCACUAGCUAA